ACCCGCGCGCUUGACCGGCGCUGAGCUUGGGAGCCCGUUUCCGCGCGUGGGUCGCCUUCCCUCCGAUCCCUUCCCGAGGGGUGCCUCGCUUUGGCCGCGGAUGAAGCCUCCAGUGGUCGCUCCAGCCCCCGACCGCCUUUAAUCCCGAAUCGCGGACUCCUCCGGGCCCCACGGACGCGUUUUCCCCUCGAGACGAUGAUCUCCAGCUUCGGCAGCGGCUGAUCCGCGAGAGGAACAUUCCCCCAACAGAUCCGGUCCAGCCUUGAAAGUUUCUUGGAUUUUUGCUUCUCCCACGCCAGGACCCACGUCCCGAGUGGGUUAUUUGGGAAUUGAGUGUGUGUGUUUUUUCCCUCCUCCUUCUCUCCAAUGUUUGGGAUCCAAGACACGUUAGGAAGAGGCCCCAUCCUGAAAGACAAAAUCUUGGGGUCGGAGAUGGAUCCCGUCCGCUCGUGGGUCAGGAACGUCGGCGUCGUGGAUGCCGGCGUCGCGGCACAAAGCGGCGUGGCCCUGUCGCGAGCCCACUUCGAGAAGCAGCCGCCCUCCAACCUGAGGAAGUCCAACUUCUUCCACUUCGUCCUGGCCUUGUACGACAGGCAGGGCCAGCCCGUGGAGAUCGAGCGGACGGCCUUCGUGGACUUCGUGGAAAACGACAAAGAACAAGGCAACGAAAAAACCAAUAAUGGGACCCACUAUAAGUUGCAGCUUCUCUAUAGCAAUGGUGUAAGAACUGAACAAGAUCUCUUCGUGAGGCUCAUUGACUCCGUCACGAAACAGCCAAUCGCCUAUGAAGGACAAAACAAGAACCCCGAAAUGUGCAGAGUACUGCUCACUCAUGAGGUGAUGUGCAGUCGUUGCUGUGAAAAGAAAAGCUGUGGGAACCGCAAUGAAACACCCUCGGAUCCUGUGAUCAUUGACAGAUUCUUCCUAAAAUUUUUCCUCAAGUGCAAUCAGAAUUGUUUGAAAACCGCUGGGAACCCUCGAGAUAUGCGGCGGUUCCAGGUUGUAUUGUCAACAACCGUGAACGUCGAUGGGCACGUACUGGCAGUAUCGGACAAUAUGUUUGUUCACAACAACUCAAAACAUGGACGGAGGGCGAGGAGACUUGACCCUUCUGAAGCAACACCCUGCAUCAAGGCCAUCAGUCCAAGUGAAGGCUGGACCACAGGUGGAGCCAUGGUGAUCAUCAUAGGAGACAACUUCUUCGAUGGGCUACAAGUCGUAUUUGGGACCAUGUUGGUAUGGAGCGAGUUGAUAACGCCACACGCCAUCCGUGUCCAGACACCUCCUCGGCACAUCCCUGGAGUGGUUGAAGUCACAUUAUCAUACAAAUCCAAACAGUUUUGCAAAGGAGCUCCUGGUAGAUUUAUUUAUACAGCUUUAAACGAGCCAACCAUAGAUUAUGGGUUCCAAAGACUCCAAAAAGUUAUCCCGAGACAUCCUGGUGACCCAGAAAGGCUAGCCAAGGAGAUGCUAUUGAAACGAGCAGCGGACCUAGUUGAAGCACUGUAUGGGACACCACAUAAUAAUCAGGAUAUCAUUCUGAAGAGAGCUGCUGAUAUCGCAGAAGCCCUUUACAGCGUCCCAAGGAAUCCUGGCCAAAUCCCGGCUUUGUCUAGCUCUCCAGCUCACAGUAGCAUGAUGGGCAUCAACUCUUAUGGCAGCCAGUUAGGAGUCAGCAUCUCAGAAUCAACACAAGGGAACAAUCAAGGUUACAUCCGCAACACAAGCAGCAUCUCCCCCCGAGGUUACUCUUCCAGCUCGACCCCUCAGCAGUCUAAUUACAGCACCUCCAGUAACAGCAUGAACGGCUACAGCAACGUCCCCAUGUCUAACCUGGGCGUGCCUGGCUCGCCUGGAUUCAUUAACGGCUCUCCCACAGGAUCUCCCUAUGGCUUGAUGUCUUCAAGUCCAACUAUUGGCUCAUCCAGCGCUUCCUCCAUCCUUCCAUUCUCCUCUUCUGUCUUUCCUGCGGUCAAACAAAAGAGUGCCUUUGCUCCCGUCAUCCGACCCCAAGGGUCUCCUUCUCCAGCUUGCUCCACUGGCAAUGGAAAUGGGUUUAGAGCUAUGACUGGUCUUGUUGUCCCUCCAAUGUAAAAGAAGAGGAACUGCUGGAGCCUCUUCCCCUCCUUUUCCUUCCUUGUUUUUUUUUUUUU